CUCUGUGCUUGAUUCAAUGCCGGGGCGAAGAACGAGCGAGGCAAGUCGUGCUCUGAUUGGUUAACUUUUCAUGCAGCGAAGACGUAGUCCGCGAAGCAGCGUUCAAGAGUACGUGUAAACAUCACACAAACGAGUGUAAUAAGAUGGCUAAGGAACGCGGUGUUUUUAAAAUUCUUUGGAACAGCAUCGUGUCUUCCUUGAAGCCCCGUUUCUCUCGCCGUAAGUUAAUAGGCGAGGAUUACUACGGCACGAAAUAUUACGAACAGGAGAUUCGUUCUUCCAGCCGGACGAAACCGCCUCGGUUUUUCGAGCCGGUAAACAAAGAUGAUUUCAUGCAGGAACUGCCGGCAGAAUGGGAAGCCUGGUUACGAUACCGUAGAAAAGAACCACCUACGAAAGAAGAAGUAGAAGCAAACUAUCAAUUAGCGAUGACUAAGAAGAAGAAUGCCGCCGAAUUAAUGGAGAAAUAUUCCCAAAGUAAGGAACUUUCCGCUCCUCCUCAGCCAGUCACGCCAGGAAAUUUUCCAUCUUAUGAGGAUUAUAAAAAUUCGAAUAACAUUUAUAAGCCGAAACAAAGUGAAUAGAAAAUUAAUCAUACAGUUAAUUGAAGUAUUCAUAUAGUAAUGUAAUUUUAGGGUAGAUAUAAUAAAUAAUGUUAUUAUUUUAUAAUGAA